AUGCCGCCCUGCCUAUCAAUUCCCUCGACCAUUACCUCGAAUCAACUCCCUAUUUCAGAAAGUUUUGGUCCCUCACUCGCUAGGCUUACCUCGCUUUACGUCCUAUGGUCUUACUUUAUCUCUUCACCUAAAUCCUCGACCCCACACGUGAAGGUUCCAACUCUCAAUGAAUACUUCAAGCCUAGCAAUCAGUCUACUGACCUUCCAGAAGCAGGUCGAGACUUUGUUACGGAAUUUCGGAAGAAGAAAGUUGAUGUCUCCUAUGGUCCCCAGACUGGCACAGCUCAAGAUCGCGCAACCAGAUUGGCAAAGGAAGGUAAACCUCAAUAUGGACUCAGCAGUCUGGUAGUCAAUCCGUAUGAUUGGGUUGUACAUAUGAACUAUACACCUGUUGUUCUUUGGAGAGCAAGAAAAUGUGUAAAUUCUAUGGGAGGUUAUGAAACUACUCGAGAUCCGAUCAAGUUCAAGUACGAAACCAAACCAAACCCAAUCCAUCAAACCAUCCCAAACCAAAGACCAACCUCUCCCAAAGAUAUUACACAUCUUCCUCCGAAAGCGAACCAUCAUCAACAUCAAAUCAUACUCACCAAGCCCCUCAAAAGAAAUUAG